AUGGAAUGUAAUCCAUUCUCUUAUGAGCCAUGGAGAGGCAAUAGAACAUUCGAGUAUAUGUUUGACAUCCUUGAGGCCGAUAUUGUCGUGUUUCAGGAGACCAAAAUCCAAAGAAAGGACCUUCGUGAUGACAUGGUACUCGUUCCUGGGUGGGAUUGCUACUUCAGUCUGCCUAAGGCGAAGAAAGGCUAUUCUGGAGUUGCAAUCUAUACGAGAAACGCCACAUGCUGCCCUAUCCGUGCAGAAGAGGGUCUCACAGGAUUGCUGUGUCCCCCGAAUUCAUCAGUGUCUUUUCGAGAGCUUCCCGAAGAUCAACAGAUAGGAGGAUAUCCAACUCUCGAACAACUCUCAGAACUCGAGACAGAUCCAGUUAUCCUGGACUCCGAAGGCCGUUGUGUCAUCCUUGAGUUCCCUGCAUUUGUCUUGCUGGGUAUCUACUCACCGGCCAAUCGCGAUGAAUCGCGGGACAGCUUCCGCCACAACUUCAUUGACUUGAUGGAUACUCGCAUACGAAAUCUGGUUGCCAUGGGCAAAAGAGUCUUUGUCACAGGCGAUAUCAAUAUCGCAAGAGGGGAGAUCGAUGCCGCUCACGCCACAGAGGCUAUUCGGAAGGGAACGGCGACGGAGGAUGAGUUCGUAUCUACGCCGGCACGGCGUGUUUUCAAUCAAUUGCUUUCCGAUGGUAAGGUGCUCGGAGCACGAGAUGAAGGAAGAGAAGAACCCGCCCUCUUCGAUAUUUGCAGGUCAUUUCAUCCCGAGCGAAGAGGGAUGUACACUUGUUGGGAGCAAAGGAUAAACGCUCGGCCUGGGAAUUAUGGGUCACGGAUAGACUACGUCUUAUGUAGCCUGAAUACGCAGGAUUGGUUCUGCGAUUCAAAUAUUCAAGAGGGCUUGAUGGGUUCUGAUCACUGUCCGGUCUAUGCGGUGUUCAAAGAUACUGUGCGCCUUGAAGAAAGAGAAGUCAAUAUGCUCGAUAUCGUGAAUCCGCCAGGGAUGUUCAAGAACGGCGAGCGCCAACAGGAAUAUACAACGAAAUAUCUUCUACCCACAUCGGGUCGGUUGAUACCGGAAUUUGAUAAACGGCGGAGCAUCAAGGAUAUGUUCUCGCGGAAGCCCUCAACCACCAUGCCGACAUCAACGCCAAGAGUCCCGACCUUGGAGCAUUCUAUGUCUACCCAGGAGACGCAGGUCUCAACCGCUGGUCUAGGAAGUCCAAUCAAGACGGCAGCUGGCAGCAGUCAACAAAUCAAAGGAGUUGUUCGCAAGAGGUCUCAGAAGAGUGAGGUGAUAGCCCCUGUCUCAGUCAAGCGUUCGAAGUCCGGCACGGCCCAGCAAUCUACACCUCCUACCGCUGGACAAACCAGUCUGAGAGGGUUCUUUAAACCAAAAAAUGAUGCAGUUGGUCGGACAGGGAGAAGUAUAUCCGGGAAUCCUGAAUCAGUGUCUAAUGGCAUAAUCACAGAACAGUCAGUCGCGUUCCCUAUAAAGUCUACAGAAGUAGCGACGUCCACGUCCUCAGAGGCAAUGCAGGCGGUUCCGACAGACACAGCUACACAGGGAGAUCAACCAGAUCUGUCAAAUCCUAUCGCACCCGCUUCAUCUCAGGAUGGCGGCUUUGUCAUUGAUCCCAUUGUCAGUAAGGAGGACUGGUCAAAGCUUUUUACGAAACGACCAGUUCCAAGGUGCGAGGGACACCAAGAACCAUGUAUCAGCCUGACAACCAAGAAACCUGGUAUCAACUGCGGAAGAGCUUUCUGGAUCUGUCCGCGGCCUCUAGGGCCUAGUGGAAACAAGGAAAAGGGGACCCAGUGGCGAUGUCCUACAUUCAUCUGGGCAAGCGACUGGAACCCUUCCGCUUCGUGA